UUUUCCGCAACGGGAUACUGAUAAUGGGCAGGCGACUCCAUGGGCGUAGAUAAUUAAGUCCCGUGGCUUUUUGACUGGAAAAUGGCAAUCGUGGUCGUGAUUUCGUGACGGCAAGACGAAUCUACUGAUAAGUGAUUAGAUAACACUGAAACUCGUGAUUUGAGAUAAUUUGAUUUUUGAAAUUUUCACCGCAAUUUCGUCCUUAUGUUUGAUAGGUUUUGAGUUUUGACAUUAAUUAGAGUCAUACUGUCAUCGACCAUCAAGAGAUCAAUAGUUACGAUGGCUUGUUAUUUCUGAUGAGUCUUGAUUUGGCGUAUGUUUGAAGACGACCAAGUUUUGUUUGGGAUGGUAUAUUUUGUUUGUUGCAGUUUUGUAAAAAUAACUAUGAGAUGCUCCCAAACAUAGAUGACCGUGACGAGACUUAAUCACUAUGAAGUGUGUCAUACCUAGACAGAAUUUGAAAAUUUUAUCGCGAGCAUUGAACACAAUGUGUCGCAUUGGGGAAGAUUUGUACAUCGAGCCCAAUUCAACGCAAUUAAUCAUGCAUACUACCAAUAGUUGGCAUACCGUAUAUGCAUGGUUCACAUUUGACUCGUCAUUUUUCUCUAGUUAUUAUUUUACUGAAGACGACGAACAAAACAGUGAAAAUUCAUUGAAAUGCAAAAUAUCUCUCAAGUCAUGCAUUACAAUAUUCAAAUCUCCACAUUUAUCCCGUUGCUUAGAGUCAUGUCAUAUGGAAAUUAAAAGUAAUGCAGAUACAAUUACUAUUCAGUUACGUUAUUCAAACUUUUGUGUUAAAACUCAUUUGAUACCAGUACUAGAAUAUUCAGCAUUACAAGUGAAUCAAAAUGUUGAUACAAGUCAUGUACUUUGUAUUGAUUCCAAGGUGUUAUCAGCUGCUGUUAAACAUUUUCAAAACAGUGAAACCGACAUUACAUUAAUUGUAACUACUGAAAAAGUGAUAUUGAAAACCCACUCGGAAUCUUGUCGAGAUAUAAGACAAAUGUUAAGAACUGAAUUGAGCUUGCAGUCAUCAGAAUUUGACAUCUAUGAUGUUGGUGAAGGCUGUUGUAUAACAUUUUCGCUCAAAGAAAUACGACCUCUGUUGGCCUUUGCCGAGCACAUGACAUUACCAGUUAUUAUUCGUUUUAGCUCUCCUGGAAUGCCUAUGGUAUUUGGACUUAAAAACGGCUUGACAUUUGAAAGUCAGUAUAUAUUAUCAACAAUGAAUGAUAAUGCGAUAUCUGGAGAUGCCAAUUCCAUACGUUUAAAUAUUAAUGCCAUCGAAAAUACUCAGAGUACUAAUGAGCAACCAGAAAAUCUGUUACCCAAUAUAAAUCGAACUCAACUAGCGAGUUCUAGUUUACGAACUCCAAUGCGGGUACAAGUUGAGUAUCCGGAUAGUAUUUCAAGAAAACGCAAACAUCCAUCAACUAGUCAACAAACGCCAAAAAUAGCCAAUUCAAUCAAUUCUAUUUCAGUAAUUGAGCAGUUCAGGGAAGAAUGUUUAGAAGAAGAUGUCUUAUUAUCUCAGGUUGCUGACUUCCAUGUCGAUAAUGAACCAAUUAAAACACAUGUAAACAAGAAUAGUAAUUUUACACAAGAAUUUUCUGAUACUGCACUUGUAUUUGCCAGAUGUCAUUCAUUGCCUAUAAGAAAUUCCCCUAUUAAAGGAAAGGGAAAGGUGCUGGUGUAUGAUUCAGAUGGUCUUAUAGAUGAUUCUGAUUAAUUAUUGAUUUAAUUGGUGUACACAUUAAUUGUUCAGAAACAAACUUAAAUGUAUUUAUUUGUUCAUUGACUGCUCGAGUCCUAUGUUAAAAAUUGUGUUAAUAAACUAUAAUUUAAUGUAAUUGUAUC